ACGCUUUUAGACGGGCUGAGGGCUACCACAAAUUGACACCUAGUCUAAUCAUACCCAGUCAAGUCGGUGGACUGCUACAAUUGGACCGAACAAUACAAUGGUGCUCGUGCAUAAAGUGCUGAUCCGUUGUUGCCUUAAAAAGGUCUGGGAGACCUGAGAUACUCUUUCGAGUCCCGAAACAUGAAGUUCGAGCUCAGCUACCAUAGCUUCCUGCUGGUUCUGCUCGUUGUGGUAGGGGUUUACACGGUUCUCACAAUGAAUGGAUCCACAUCUUUCCAGCUGUAUCGUCCCACUCCAGCUCCAGAUUGCACAGGUGAAAUCUCCAGAAGAGGGGGAAUCAAGACAGAAACACCAACAGGAGGAUCGCUGUCAGCGGCAGAGAAUCUGGAAGCAGCACCGGCAGCAGCAGGAGCGCUCCCCUUGAAGGCAAGAGCAACAGACAGUCCAAGUCCAAGAACAACGCUCGCAAACAUAGUUUUCGGCCUUGCGGCAGGCUUCGAGGUUUGGGACAAGAGGAAAGGCUACAUCCAGGCAUGGUGGAGGCCGGAGAUGCGAGGGGCGGUGUGGCUGGACAAGAUGGUAGCCAGAUCCAGCGAGGACAAUUUGCCUCCGCUCAUGGUGUCCGAGGACACCUCCCGGUUCAACUACACUUAUUCGGGACCUCCGAACAAGCGUCAGAAGCAGCAGCUUCGGAUGUGCCGGACUGCCGUGGAGAUGUUCCGGUUGAGGCUUCCGGAUGUGCACUGGUUUGUCGUCGGGGACGAUGACACAGUGUUUCUCGCCGACAACGUGGCAAGAGUUCUGUCCAAGUAUGAUCACACCAAGUUUUACUACAUUGGUGGCAUCUCCGAGACGCACCGGCAGAACACCGUGGAUGGCUGCUGCACGGGCAACAUGGCCUACGGUGGUGCCGGCUACGCCAUCAGCUAUCCCCUGGUCGAGGAGCUGAGCGAGAUUCUGGACGAGUGCAUGGAAAGGUACGCUGAUCUCUACGGAGGGAGCUCCAGAAUUCAUGCGUGCUUGUUGGAGCUGGGAGUUCCACUGAUCAAAGAGCCUGGCUUCCAUCAGCUGGAUAUCAACGGAGACGCAUCCGGCAUCCUGGGUGCUCAUCCCAUUGCUCCGUUGCUCUCGCUGCACCACCUGGACCGGAUCGACCCACUGUUUCCAGGGAUGUCACGGCAGAAAUCGGUGGAGCAUCUGCUCCAGGCAGCAGGCGUCGAUCCAGGCGGGGUGCUGCAGCAGGCGGUGUGCUACAGCAAGCAGCAGAGUUGGUCGAUCCAAGUCUCAUGGGGAUGGGCUGUGCAAGUCACGCGACUUUUGCUUGCUCCACGAGUGCUCGAGAAUCCACUAAGGACGUUCGCUGGCUGGGGAGUCCCGAGCCUGGACGAAUCAUUCGGCUUCAGGACAAGAGCGGUGCCAAGGGACUCGUGCGAGCGGCCAACCAUGUUCUUCAUGCACACCGUCGUGCCUCAGCGCAAUGGACAGUCUUUCAGUAACUACUCGAGGGGCGGUGCCAGCCAAUGCAGGAGAAAGGACGCACUGUCCAAGAUCAAUUUGAUCAGUGUCGAGAAACAAGCCGUGCACGACUCCUGGUACCAGGCACCUCGGAGACAGUGCUGCAAGAUCAUCAAGUCGAGCAAGCACACACUAGAGCUGUCCAUCAGGACGUGCCAGAAAGGCGAGUUAUCAGCCAUCUUAUAACUAACUUGGAGAACGAUUAUAUUAGCCUCCAAGCACAGACGCUACAGCCGGUAAGUUGGAACCUUUGAAGCUCACGAAAGAAAAGCUCUCACUUUUUUGCGUUCCAUGUUCAUAACCAGUGAUACUUCUACACUGGUAAGAAAAAAGUUUUACAUACACUUUUUUCUUUCCGGCUCUCUUAGGCAGCUAGAUUCUCGCCGUGGAAAGAGGAAGCCUGACGAAACGGCUCACAAAGAAAUGCUUGAGUAACUUACUUGUCUGCACACUCAACUUGCGUUGUAAAAACUGCGCUCACUGGCCGAUGAUCCGAGAUUCUGUACUCGGAGCGCAAGUAGGCGAUCUGGUCGAGCCCCUUUCCCAGCCACAGAAUGCGGUCACACCUGUACGAGAGAGAAUCAAUAGAAGUUUUUUUUAAAGUUC